AUGGGACGAACGGGGUUUGCAAUCGCAGGAUGUCCGAGGGGUUUCGCAAAGGCUAGCGACAACGCGAGUAGUGAUCCACCCGACGACAAUGGCAAUGACACAAAGGCGGGCCUCCUUGGCGAUGGCAGCAGCAGAUGGAGAGAUGUCAAUGAAAUGAUGCAACUGAACACUGUUGAGAAUGGUGUGUCGGACGCCGACGUCCGAGAAGAAUGCCCUUCUGCUCCAAUGGCUGAGCUCUACCCGUCAUUGGCGCAGUGCGCCAUCGUUGCGGGCGCACUCAAGGUCUUGCUGUUCCCUGCAUACAAAUCGACCGACUUUGAGGUCCAUCGCAACUGGCUCGCCAUUACCAAUUCGCUCCCGAUCCAGGAAUGGUAUUAUAAUAAAACCUCGGAAUGGACCCUCGAUUACCCCCCGUUCUUCGCGGCCUUCGAAUGGCUCAUGUCGCAAGCGGCAGCGUACAUUGACCCUGCGAUGCUAGUUGUUAAGAACUUGGAGUAUGACUCUUGGCAAACUGUCUACUUCCAGAGAGCCACCGUCAUCUUCACCGAGCUAGUUCUGGUCUUUGCGCUGAGCCGAUUUGUCAAGUCUGUUCCCCUUGCAAACAAGCAGGCCGCGCAUGUUGCCAGUCUCUCGAUCCUCCUCUCGCCAGGUCUCUUCAUAAUCGACCACAUCCACUUCCAAUACAAUGGAUUCAUGUACGGAAUCAUGGUCCUGUCUAUUGUCCUGGCUCGCAAGCAGUCAACCCUCCUCUACAGUGGGAUUACGUUCGCCGCGCUACUCUGCUUCAAGCAUAUAUACCUCUAUCUCUCCCUCGCUUGGUUCGUUUAUCUGUUGCGCGCCUACUGUCUCGACCCCAAGAAUGUGCUCCGGCCGCGCUUGGGAAAUAUCAUCAAGCUUGGGGUGUGUGUGGUUGGCAUAUUUGCCAUUGCUUUUGGACCUUUCGUGCAGUGGGGUCAGAUUUUCCAGCUCAAGGAUCGCCUCUUCCCCUUCUCGAGAGGGCUAUGCCAUGCGUACUGGGCGCCAAAUAUUUGGGCUAUGUACUCAUUCACCGAUCGUGCUUUGAUUCCACUUGCUCCCCGCUUGGGACUGCCCGUUAACCGAGAAGCACUCACUAGUGUCACUCGUGGUCUCGUGGGAGACACAUCAUUUGCUAUUCUCCCCGAAGUGACCAAGGAACAUACGUUCUUGCUAACUUUCGUCUUCCAGCUGGUUCCCUUGGUGAAAUUGUGGUUCCGUCCCGACUGGGAUACCUUCGUUGGCGCCGUCACUCUCUGUGGAUAUGCAUCCUUCCUCUUCGGUUGGCAUGUGCAUGAGAAGGCCGUGCUCCUGAUCAUCAUUCCAUUCAGCCUGAUUGCACUCAAAGACCGCCGCUACUUCAGCGCAUUCCGACCGCUCGCAGUAGCCGGCCACGUGUCUCUAUUCCCACUCCUCUUCACAGCGGCCGAGUUCCCGCUCAAGACCGUGUACACCAUCUUCUGGCUAGUUCUGUUCCUCUUCGUCUUCGACCGGGUCGCACCGGUCCCAGAGCGGCCGCGCAUUUUCGUGUUCGACCGACUCUCCUUGCUAUAUCUGACCAUUUCCAUCCCCCUGAUCAUCUAUUGCUCACUGGGCCACUAUCUAAUCUUUGGAUGGGAACGGCUCCAGUUCCUACCCUUGAUGUUCAUGAGCAGUUACUCAGCCCUCGGGUUAGUCGGGAGCUGGAUCGGGUUUAUGGUGGUAUACUUUACUGCAUAG